ACCUACCGAACUACCCUACAGAAUUGUUAGUCACGCCCAAGAAGGGCCAGUGGACUUUGGAGUUAAGAUGCAGGGAGGAGAACCGAUGUCAACCAUGAAAGUGUCCGAGAGCGAAGGAAAGCUGGAGGGCCUGGCCCCGGCGGUGACUCCGAACAAGAACAGCAACAGCAGCUGCGGUGGUGGAAUCAGCAGCAGCAGUAGCAGCAGCAGCCGAGGUGGCAGUGCGAAAGGCUGGCAGUACAGUGAUCACAUGGAAAAUGUAUAUGGAUAUUUGAUGAAGUACACCAAUCUUGUCACUGGGUGGCAGUACAGGUUUUUUGUUUUAAACAAUGAAGCCGGACUGUUGGAGUACUUUGUGAAUGAGCAGUCUAGAAAUCAAAAACCCAGAGGUACUUUGCAGCUUGCAGGAGCUGUAAUAUCACCCAGUGAUGAAGACUCUCACACCUUCACUGUUAAUGCUGCCAGUGGGGAACAGUAUAAACUCAGAGCCACAGAUGCUAAAGAGCGACAACAUUGGGUUAGCCGACUUCAGAUAUGUACACAACAUCACACUGAAGCUAUUGGAAAGAGUAAUCCUCCUCUGAAGUCACGGAGCUUCUCACUUGCAUCUAGUGGCAGUUCUCCAAUAUCCCAGAGGAGACCAAGUCAAAAUGCCAUUUCUUUUUUUAAUGUUGGACAUUCCAAACUUCAGUCAGUGAGCAAAAGAGCUCAAUUACCUCCAGACCAUCUUGUGGAAGUCAGAGAAAUGAUGUCUCAUGCAGAAGGACAACAGAGAGAUUUAAUUAGACGAAUUGAAUGCCUUCCUUCUUCUGGCCAUCUUAGUUCCUUGGACCAGGAUCUCUUAAUGCUCAAAGCAACUUCCAUGGCAACUAUGAACUGCCUGAAUGACUGCUUUCAUAUUCUUCAGUUACAGCAUGCAUCCCAUCAGAAGGGCUCAUUGCCUUCAGGAGCUACAAUCGAGUGGUUAGAACCAAAGAUACCUAUAUCAAACCACUAUAAAAAUGGAGCUGAUCAGCCCUUUGCAGCUGAGCAGAACAAGCCAGUGGCAGUCCCAGAAGAGCAGUCUGUUGCAGAGUCUGGACUAUUAAUCAGGGUAUUUGUCUUCAGAGAAAUGCAUGAAUUGAAAUUUUCCUCUUUGGUUGAUUUUUUUUUUCUGUUACUCUCUUAGGUGGUGCUUCCUACAUUUAUCCUAGAGAAGCGUUCCUUGUUGGAAAUGUAUGCGGACUUUAUGUCUCACCCAGACCUAUUUAUAGCCAUUACUAAUGGAGCCACAGCUGAGGACAGAAUGAUGCGUUUUGUUGAGUACUACCUUACCUCAUUUCAUGAAGGCCGUAAGGGAGCUAUUGCUAAGAAACCGUACAAUCCUAUCAUUGGAGAAACAUUUCACUGUUCCUGGAGGAUGCCGAAAAGCGAGGUAGCAUCCAGUGUUAAUAGCAGCUCUUCCACACAGGCAAUCACAAAUCAAGCUCCUUCUUUGGAGGAGUCUUUGAACCAGGUGGGAUCAGACUGUUACACAGUCCGAUUUGUUGCUGAGCAGGUUUCCCAUCAUCCUCCAGUCUCAGGAUUUUAUGCAGAAUGUGCAGAGAGGAAGAUGUGUGUGAAUGCGCAUGUCUGGACUAAAAGCAAAUUCUUAGGGAUGUCAAUAGGCGUGACAAUGGUUGGAGAAGGUAUCCUCAGUUUGUUGGAACAUGGAGAGGAAUACACCUUUUCUUUACCUUGUGCAUAUGCCCGGUCAAUUUUAACUGUUCCAUGGGUGGAACUAGGUGGCAAAGUCAGUGUCAACUGUGCAAAGACUGGGUAUUCUGCCAGCAUCACUUUUCAUACUAAGCCAUUUUAUGGUGGCAAAUUGCACCGGGUUACAGCUGAAGUAAAGCACAACGUCACCAACACUGUGGUGUGCAGAGUGCAAGGAGAAUGGAAUAGUGUUCUUGAGUUUACAUAUAGCAAUGGGGAGACAAAGUAUGUGGAUUUGACUAAACUGACAGUGACAAAGAAGAGAGUAAGACCUCUGGAGAAACAGGAUCCAUUUGAAUCCAGACGAUUGUGGAGAAAUGUGACCGAUUCUCUGAGGGAGUCUGAAAUUGACAAAGCUACUGAGCACAAGCGCACGCUGGAAGAGCGCCAGAGGACAGAGGAGCGGCUUCGCGCAGAGACGGGCACGCCCUGGAAGACCAAGUAUUUUAUCAAAGAGGGAGAUGGUUGGGUUUACCACAAACCCCUUUGGAAAACAGUUUCAGCAGCACAAACAGCAGAGUGA